AACUAGGUGCAGUCUAUGCCACGCUCUUCUGUAUGGGAUCUAUUGAGGAUUAUUCGGCUAUAAACCUGUGAUUGAUUUUAUUUAUAGAAUACUUUAAAUGAUAAAUACAAAUUAAAUUGUUCUUAAAAUGUUCGAAAAUUCUUAAUCAUGAAUUCAAGCGCAGUGUCAAAGCCUCCAGUUGUACCAUCUGUGCAGGAAUUCAGCAUUAGAGUACCAAAAAACAGCAAGAAAAAACACAAUGUCAUGAGAUUCAAUGCGACGCUGAAUGUAGAUUUUUCAAAAUGGACGCAAGUAAAAAUGGAACGAGAAAAUAACAUGAAGGAGUACAAGGGUUUAGAAGAGGAAAUGCCAAAAUUUGGUGCUGGAUCCGAAUUUGGACGUGACGCUAGAGAGGAAGCCAGAAGAAAAAAAUAUGGCAUUACCAGUAGAAAGUAUAAGCCGGAAGAUCAACCAUGGAUUCUGAAAUCAGGAGGAAAGACUGGCAAGAAAUUUAAAGGCAUUCGAGAGGGAGGAGUCAGUGAAAAUGCAGCGUACUACGUUUUUACUCAUGCUGCUGAUGGUGCAAUAGAAGCCUUUCCUUUACACGAAUGGUAUAACUUUCAGCCAAUUCAGAGAUACAAGGCUCUCAGUGCUGAAGAGGCAGAGCAGGAAUUCAGUCGUAGGAACAAACUAGUGAAUUAUUUCUCAUUAAUGUUACGUAAGAGAUUGAGAAAUGAUGAGGAUGGUGGUGAUGACGAAGAAUUAGUGGAAGGCGGUAAAGUUAAGAGGCCAAGUAAGAAAGAAAAGGAAUUGAAAAUAUCAGAAAUGGAUGAGUGGAUGGAGACCGAUGAUGAUGAAUCGGGCAGCAACGAAGAUGAGAAUAAAAAAGGAUCUGAAGAUGAGGAUGAUGCAAAGAAGAUAAAAGGCAAAGGUCAAGUACAAAAGAAAAAGAAGAAGAAGAAAGAUACUUCAGAUAAUGAAGCGUUUGAGGAAAGUGAUGAUGGCGAUGAAGAGGGAAGGGAAUGCGAUUAUAUUUCUGAUUCUUCUGAUUCUGAAUCAGAAUUAGAAAAACAGAAAGAAAUUAAGUCUGUUGCAGAGGAAGAUGCAUUAAGAAAAUUACUUGCAUCUGAUGAAGAUGAAGAUGAUGAAGAACAAACAGAUAAGAAAGAAGGUGAAGAAGACAAGGAUGAGGAUGAAGAAGGAAAAGAGAAGGAUGAUAAAGAUAAGGACAAAGUCGGUAAAGAAACGGAUAAGAAGAAAGAUAAAAAGAAGAAGAAAAAAGCCAAGAAGAAAGAUCAAAAGUCAGCUUCUGGCAAGGAUUCCUCUAGCGAUUUUUCUAGCGACUCGGAAUCAAAUUCUGAUACAACGUUGAAAGAUAAUAAAGAUAACAAAAAGCCUAAUAGCGCUCAUAGUUCGAGAUCGGCGACGCCAACACCUGCAGCAUCCGGGAUGUCCGAUUCUUUUAAGAGAAAACGGUCUGGAUCUCCAGACUUAUCGCAAGCGAAAAAAUUAAAGUUGGACAACUUCAAUCUAGUUCCAGUAACAUCCUACAUACCAGGAGCAAACGAAUCGGGAAUUACGGAGGAUGCGGUGAGACGGUACUUAAUGCGCAAACCAAUGACGACGACCGAAUUGCUGCAGAAAUUCAAAUCCAAGAAAACCGGUCUUACAUCCGAGCAGCUUGUUAACAUUAUGACUCAGAUACUUAAGAAAAUUAAUCCCACUAAGCAGACUAUCAAGAAUAAAAUGUAUUUAUCAAUCAAAGCACAGUCCAAUUAACUCUAGUUUUUCAAUUAUCAUUUUUACGAUUUUUUGAUAUGUUCAUGAUUAUGUGCUGUAUAAUACUAUUAUACUAUAUAAUACUAUACGUUACUUAAUAUGUUCAUGAUUAUGUGCUGUA